AUGGCCACAGAGAAAAUUAUGGACUUGAAGGAGCAGCCAGGUAGCGCUGUCUCGGCUGGCCAAGAGGACCUCCCAUCUGUCCUGCUUGACACCACUGCUUCUCUUUCUCUGUCUCCUCUCUCAGCUGCUCCUUUUAAAGAACACGAGUAUCUUGGUAACCUAUCUGCCGCGUCACCCACCAAAAGAAUGCUGGAAGAAACUUCAGAUGACGCUUCCAGACGCAUCGGAGAGAAGGCCACAAAUCCAUUUGUCGAUAGAGACUUCCCAGAGUUUUCUGAACUGGAAUACUCACAGAUGGGGUUGUCGUUCGGUGGUGCUUCGAGGAAGGAAGCAGCCCUCGUGACGGAUAAAGAUGAAGAGGACGACGUGGUUAGUAACGGCGUCCUUCAUAAUCGGCAGGAGCCGUUGGGGGCCAUGGCCAGAUCGGUGGAGGAGGACAGAGUGAAGGUCCUGGAACAGACAAAGGACGGUGAGGGGACAGGAGCCGCCGGAGUUGUUAGAGAAGCUCCCAUGAGAGAGGAGUAUGCAGACUUCAAGCCGUUCGAGCGAGUGUGGGAAGUGAAAGGUGCUUACGGGGACCCCUACCAGCCUGACGGCGGGCUGGGGGCCGGAGGCGAGGCAGCGAGCGCGCAGGAAAGCAGAGCCUAUAAGAAGUAUUUUGCCGAUAGCCUGGAGCAGACCAGUCCCGAGAAGGACAGUGAGAGCAGCAACGAGGUCGCCUCUCUCCCCAGCACCCCGGAAGCUGGUGGGCGCGGGCCAGAGGCGUACCUCACGUGCGCGCCCUUCCAGCCACCUGCGGCCAGCAGCGUGGCCCCCGGUAUCUUCCCCCUGGUGGGAGACCACACUGUGGAAAAUAAGACCGAUGAAAAGAAAAUAGAAGAGAAAAAGGCCCAAAUUGGGACUGAGAACACGAGCAUCAAAACGUCUAAUCCUUUCCUCAUGGCGGCACAGCUUUCCGAGACAGAUUAUGUCACCACAGACGGGCUGUCACAGGUGCCCGCGGGCGCGGUGGUCAGUGUGCCCGAAGGUCUGACCCCCGACUUGGUGCAGGAGGCCUGUGAAAGCGAGCUCAGCGAAGCCGCCGGGACCAAGAGUGCCUACGAGACGAAGGUGGACCUGGUCCAGACGUCCGAAGCCCUGCAGGAGGCCCUGCACCCCGGCUCGCAGCUCUGCCCGUCCUUCGAGGACUCCGAAGCGACCCCCUCCCCAGUGCUGCCCGACAUCGUGAUGGAAGCGCCCUUAACCUCCGUCCUUCCCGGCGCUGGACCACCUGCAGCCCAGCCCACCUCGUCCCCGUUAGAAGCUCCUCAGUCCAAUUACGAAAACCUAAAACUUGAGUCUGAAAAUCCGCCCCCAUACGAAGAGGCCAUGAGUGUCCCCCUGAAGAGGGAAGGUGGAUUAAAGGAAGCAGUCCUGGAGGCUGAGCCUGCCAAGGCCACUGCGGCCGAAGCAGAAGCCCCUUACAUAUCCAUCGCGUGUGACUUGAUCAAGGGAACGAAGCUCUCCACCGAGCUGACUCCUGAUUUCUCUCAUUACUCAGAACGAGCCGCCAUGGCCCAGCCCGGGCCGGAUCAUUCGGAGCCCGUGGAGGACUCCUCUCCCGACUCUGAGCCUGUUGACUUAUUUAGUGACGAUUCUAUACCAGAAGUUCCUGAAAAACAAGACGAAGCCGUGGUGCUGGUGAAGGAGAGUCUCACGGCCACGCCGGCGGAAGCGAAGGAAAAGGUCGGCGUCUCCCCGCCCGAGGCAGCAAAGCCGUACUUAGAAUCCUUCCAGCCUGGCGUAGACCCCGCAGCAGGCAGCCUGCUGCCCGGUGAUGUCACCCCGCUGACCAGAAAGGAGAAGAUGCCGCUGCCCAUGGAGGCGCUCCACUCCACGCUGUAUCCAGACCAAGGAUUCUUUAUUUCUAAGGAAGCCCAAGUAAGAGAAAGCGAAACCUUUUCAGAUUCCUCUCCGAUUGAGAUUAUAGACGAGUUCCCCACAUUUGGCAGUUGUAAGACGGACUUCUCCCCUCAGUUUGCAAGAGAAUACACAGACGUGGUAAGGUCCCUCCGAAGUGGAGUCGCCGAGACCCGGGACGGAGCCGAAUCGCUGCCUUGCUCAGAAGGAGCCCGUGAGCUUGCUCUCAAGGAUGUACAGCCGAGAGGGCAAGAGAGAAGCCCUGUGUCCGAGGACUUCCCCAAAGACGGGGCCGCGGCUGCAGCGGGAGCACCCCUACCGCCUCCAGACGUGUCUCCUGUGGCCGCCCGACCAGAGCAAGGCCGAGGCGGCAAACCCGAGGUUCUGGUGAAAGAAGCAGAGCAGAAACUGCCUUCUGAUGCAGAGAGCGCGCGCAGACCCCCAACCGCUAUCUUUUCAGCAGAACUGAGUAAAACUUCAGUUGUAGACCUCCUCUACUGGAGAGACAUCAAGAAGAGCGGCGUGGUGUUCGGGGCCAGCCUCUUCCUGCUGCUCUCGCUGACGGUGUUCAGCAUUGUGAGCGUCACGGCCUACAUCGCCCUGGCCCUGCUGUCUGUGACCAUCAUCUUCAGGGUCUACAAGGGGGUCAUCCAGGCUGUCCAGAAGUCCGAUGAAGGACACCCGUUCAGGGCGUAUUUGGAGUCCGAAGUGGCGAUCUCUGAGGAGCUGGUUCAGAAGUACAGUAACUCUGCUCUCGGGCACGUGAACGGCACCAUCAAGGAGCUCAGGCGCCUCUUCCUGGUUGACGACCUCGUGGAUUCCCUGAAGUUCGCGGUGUUGAUGUGGGUGUUCACCUACGUUGGUGCCUUGUUCAACGGUCUGACGCUACUGAUUUUGGCCCUAAUUUCACUCUUCAGUGUUCCUGUUAUUUAUGAACGGCAUCAGGCCCAGAUAGAUCAUUAUAUAGGACUUGCGAAUAAGAAUGUUAAAGAUGCCAUGGCGAAAAUCCAAGCGAAAAUCCCUGGAUUGAAGCGCAAAGCAGAAUGA